AUGCGCGCGUAUCUCAUCUGUCGGAACUUCUCGGUAAAUGACGGCAUGUAUCCUGCGGGUCAUGAUCAUGGAGGUGUGAUACAAGGGAUUCCGGUUGCCAUCGGGACGGGGAGGAGGAAGAGGAGUUGUGGUGAGGCAGGAGGUGCGGGUCGAGGCGGUGGUAGAGAAGAGAAAGACAAAGAUGGUGACGAUAGCACGAGUACAGCGUCGUCAUCGGAUGAUUUCUCCAUGAGUCUGGGGAGUCGGGUUCGGAGUAUAUUGGAUGGGGAAGAAGAGAAGAUAUGA